CUCUUUAUACCAUCCACCAUACCUAACUGAUUCAAUAUUAGGCAAUUUCUCUCGUGUAAUGUAAUGAGAAAUCAAUGAUUAUGUAUUGAGAAUUGAAAUUCAGAGAAUCGGCAAGAUGAGCAAAUCCUAUUGAAGACAUUUCAUUAAUCUGCAUAUAUAUAUCUGUAUAUUUGUUGUUCGGAUUAGAAGAUAUAAACACAGGUUAUGAGCAUCUAUGAGAUACAAGAGGCAUUUUCCUGCUAUUAAAUGCAAUGCAGUAUAUGAACAAUAUUUGUGCCUGUGUUUUAUGCAUGAUGUUCUCUUGCAUGAGGGUGUUGGUUGGUCUAUUAUUGCAGAUAUAUGAUUAGCUUAGGUUCCUAUAUAAGGUGCCAGAAUGUUGAGGCAAUCACCUCGUAGAAGUCAGAGGAUUAGUGGGAUGAAGAAGCUGCGUACUGCCAGUGAGAUCAAGUUGGGGAGAAAGGAUCUAAAGCUGAAGACAACAACACUAGUGGAAACCGAGGGCCCGGAUGUCACCAAGAUAGAUGCUGAUGGCAAGGAAACAGAGAAAAAAGAUGUGGAGGGGAAGAAAGAUGGUGAUGACAAGGAAACUGAGAAAAAAGAUGGGGAGAAGAAGCAAGGUGACGGUGACAAGAAAACAGAGAAAAAAGACGGUGAUGACAGGAAAACAAAGAAAAAAGAGAAGCAGAAGCAAGAUGGCGGUGAGAGGAAAACAGAGAAAAAAGAUGGUGAUGACAAGAAAAUAAAGAAGAAAGAUGGUGAUAACAAGGAAAAAGAGAAGAAAUAUGGCGGUGACAAGAUAACAAAGAAGAGAGAUGGUGAUGGUGACAAGAAAAAAGAGAAGAAGAAGCAAGACGGCAAUAACAAGGAAACAGAGAAAAAAGACGGUGAUGACAAGGAAAAAGAGAAGAAAAGGAAGAAGCAGCAGAAGAAAGAUGGUGAUGACAAGAAAAAAGAUGAGGACGCUAAAGAAAGCAAGGGCAAAGAUGAGAAGAGCAAAAAGAAGAAAAGCAAGGAAGAAGAAGAUGAAGAUGAGAGGAGAAGAAAGAAGGGAUUGGGUCAGCAAAGGAUAAGAGGAACAAUCACUGAGGAUUUCAAUUCCUCACCAAGAACAACUGAAGGAGCUGACUCUCCAUCCCCAUCACUUUGAAUUCUCUUACCAUGAGAUGACAUGUCUAUCAACUAGAAUUCUAUUUCCCAUCUUGUGUAGAUGUUAAUAUUUUCUUUUUGAGAGUUCAUUUUUUUUAGUC